CUUGCAGAGAAUACAGAAUAUAUCACCUCGUAACUAUCGUCAACACUCCCCGGAUUGGAAUUCGAUGCCCCGAGAAUGGUAGUGAGAGCGUCCUCUCACCCUCUACAUCUGCUUCGCUCUUUACUCCGAGAAUGCACCUACCUUCCUGAUCCCGCUGCCCGUACCUACUUCCAUCAGUAUAUCCUCCAACGCUUCCGAAAACACACGCAGGAAAAUCAGUCAGCGGCAUCUGACAGCGUCCGAAUUACCCAGCUCCUCCGGUCGGCUCGUCGAGGCCUUUCGGUGCUUCAACGUGCCAACAAUGGAGAACUCAAACAUCUCCAGAAGGUGCUGAUGCACACCUAUGGUCGCAGCGGGAAAAGGCGGCGUGAAUUACUCGCGGAGGUCUCGCAAUCCGAUAUUCCUGCAGAUCAAAAUGCUCUCGAAACCGUUCGAAAUAACGCGCAGAACAAAGCAUCUGGUUUUACUCCAUCAACUAGACUGCUUGCGCUAGCAAAAAGUCACCAGAAACGUCCGUCAGCAGAGCUAGGCAAAUCUAGCAUCAAACGUCUCAGUCCUAAAAUUCCCGAGACAAAUAUAUGGGGCAGACGAUUCCCAGAAUGUCGUGCCCGGAACAUGAGACGGAAAUGGUUCGCAGGGCUCCUGGAGAAGAUUCAGCCGCCUUUGCCACGGCACGAAUGGGAUAGACUCUGCGCUUUGGCUACUGGGAAGCAAAAGAUAUUCCCGUUCGAGAUGCCACAGAGGCGGAGCUGCCUCAAUGCCUCCGACUCAUCCGCUUUGGCUAAGGUAGCUAGCUGGAGGACAGGAGCCAGCCCGUUUUAUCCUAAGAAGGACAUGAUUGAACAGCCGCAUGUUUUGACGAGUAGAUUUAUGCGGAGACUCUGGGCUAGAAUCUUCAUGCAGACCCCGACCAUGAGCCAAGAUCUCUCGGGGAAGGAAUGGAGGGUAGAGUGGGGCUCGGUACAUGAUGGGCGAAUUCAAUUGAAGCGUGCAACCAGUCCGUCAACAUUGAGCUUGUUUGAGGGUGUCGAUGAGAAAGGCAUCAAACAAAAAAGUCCAAAAAGUUAAACAGUCAUUUUAUGAUACCCAGGAUCUCGGCGCAAUAGAAUUUGAUUUCCAUGCCUUUGUUGCAUUGUACGCGGGUUUAAUUUAAACUUUCCAGGUAUACAGAGACUUCAAAACAGUUUCCCCGUG